GCGGACUCGUGCUGCUGCGUGAUGACGUCAAACCGACACGCUCGUCGGAGCGCGUGGGGACGUCACGUCAGGCGGUUCAAAGAGGAGCAAAGAUGGCGGACAACAAAGGCCAAGGGGAUACGGAGAGCUCAGCCAGCAUGGAGGUAGAACCUCCAGCCACGGUUAACGGAGACGCCAACGGGGAACAAUCCAGUCCCUCUAACGUUACGGAUACAGUCCCGAAACAGGAGGGUGACGGACAGUCCGGAGAAAAAGCUCCAGAGGCUCCGACUCCAUCAGCGGACACAGCCGAGAGCAGCAGCGAGCCCGCCGGCGAUGGAGAAGCACAGGGAGAGGGGAAGACUGAGGUACAGAGUGCGGGAGAAACAGAGAAAGAAGAACAAGGACCUGGAGAGGAAAGAGAGAAAGAUGAAGAAUUAAUUAGAGUGGUCAAGCAAGAGAGACAUUCAGAUGAAGAAGCUGAGAAAGAUGGACAUGUAGCUGGAGUGAACAGUCGCACUAAUGCUAAUGUAGACGGGAGCUCGAGCACCGCGCGGAGUGAUCCCGCUCUCACCGGGAGAGACGGUACCGCGGCGGCGGGCACCGCUUCACCAGCACCCAGCACAGAAACAGCGGCUCCUUCCGCGGCUCCUUCCGCGGUUCCGAUAAACCUGUUAGAUACCUGCGCCGUGUGUAAACAGAGCUUACAGAACCGCGACUGUGAACCCAAACUGUUGCCAUGCCUACAUUCUUUCUGCCUAAAGUGUCUUCCUCAACCAGAGAGGCAGAUCAGUGUGGGAGUCGCCGGUCCACACGGACAGGACACUCAUAUCGUGAACGUCAUGCGGUGUACGGUGUGCUUCCAGGACUACAAACAGAUCGAUAUGGUGGAUAAUUACUUUGUAAAGGACUCGUCAGAAGUCUCUAGCACUUCAACAGAAAAAUCAACCCAGGUAUGCACCAGCUGUGAAGACAACGCCAGUGCCAUUGGUUUCUGUGUGGAGUGUGGUGAAUGGCUGUGCAAGACGUGCAUCGAGGCACACCAGCGGGUAAAGUUCACUAAGGACCAUACGAUACGGAAAAAAGAAGAGCUCUCGGAAGAAUCAGUAGGCACAUCAGGACAGAGGACCGUGUUCUGUCCAGUCCACAAACAGGAGGCACUCAAACUCUUCUGUGAGACCUGUGACAAGCUGACCUGCAGAGACUGCCAGCUGUUGGAGCACAAAGAGCACAGGUAUCAGUUUUUGGAGGAGGCCUUUGGAAACCAGAAAGACAUUAUUGAGACCUUCAUGGCUAAACUUAAUGAGAAAAGAAAUUUUGUACAGUUUUCUGCAGCUCAAGUGCAAAACAGAUUAAAAGAAUCUUCUGAAACACACAAGAAGGUUGAGCAUGAGAUCAAGAUUGCUGUCUUCACUCUCAUUAAUGAAAUUAACAAGAAGGGCAAGUCUUUACUUCAACAACUGGAGGGGGUGACAAAGGAGCGCACAGUGAAGCUGCUAAACCAGCAGCGGGAUAUCAGCUCACUUGCACAGCAAAUACUACAUGUGUUGCGCUUCACACACUGGGCCAUCAGCAAUGGCAGCAGCACUGCGCUUUUGUACAGCAAGAGAUUGAUCACUUACCAGCUUCGCUUCAUGCUUAAGGCUCGUGUUGAUGCAGUACCUCAUGCCAAUGGUGCAGUACGCUUCUUCUGUGACCCCACAUUUUGGGCCAAGAAUGUCGUAAACCUGGGUAACCUGGUGAUUGAAAAGGUACCUCCACCUGCCCCCCACCCUCCCAACAUGAUGGUCGGACAACAAGUAUCACCCGGGCACAAUGCACAAGGGGCACCACGCCCUGGGCAGAUCAACCUGGCACAGCUACGGAUGCACCACAUGCAGCAGUUGGCACAAAAGCAGCAGCAUCAACAGCACCAGCACCAGCAGCAGAUGCAGCAGCAAAUGCGUCUUGCAUCACAGAUGGCUCAGCAUCCGAGGCAGGGACCACCACCUCAGAUGAUGCAGCAGCAGCCUCCAAGACUCAUUAGUAUGCAGAGAGAUGUUGUUAACGGCAGCCCCCACAUGUACCCCCCUCCGACUCACCUCCGCAUGGCCAAUGCUCAGAACCGCAUGGCUAUGGCUCAACCCCGCCUUAACGGACAGCCAUAUCCCAUGAUACAACCACAGCUCCAGAGACAGCAUUCCAACCCUGGCCAUGCAGGUCCCUUCCCUGUGGUCUCACUGCACAACAGUGCUGCCAACCCAACAAGCCCAACCAGCGCUAGCAUGGCCAGUGCUCAUGGCCAUCGGGGACCCACCAGCCCAGUGGUGGGCCCGAUUGAGCUUAUUCCUUCAGUGACCAACCCUGAGAACCUACCCUGUUUGCCUGACAUUCCUCCUAUCCAGUUGGAAGAUGCAGGUUCCACUAUGUUGGAUAAUAUUUUAAGUCGGUACAUCUCGGCAAGCACACAGCCUCCAACAUUCGCAGCUGGCAACAAUGUGAACUCUUCACCGGGGCCGUCAACACACUCUCCAGGAUCGUCAGGGUUAUCAAGCUCGCUUACUCCAGCCAGACCAUCCAGCUCCUCCAGCACAGGCAGCCGUGGCAGCUGUGGAUCAGCAGGCAGGUCCGGCCCUGGGAGCACUGUGGUGGACCAGGUAAAGGUCAAACAGGAGCCUGGUGUGGAGGAGGAGUGUGGCUUUUCUGGAGCCAAUGUCAAGAGUGAACGGGGCAAAGACGGCCGACGGAGUGCUUGCAUGAUGAGUAGUCCCGAGGUCAGUUUGACUCCCCCUCUCCCUGUGCUGGGCUUUGUCUCCACCGGUUCCGUACAGGACGUUUUAAGGUCACUGGGAGAAAACAUUAAAAUGGAGCCUCGGAGCGAUGGCCAGCACGCGUCCUGCAGCAGCUCCUAUCUCACAAACGGUCAGCAGUCGCAUCGCUUUCAGAGGAACAGCAUCACCGGUUCACACGCUAACGCUAACAGCCAGACGGGCGCAGCGGGCAAGGAGGACGACCCGAACGAAGACUGGUGUGCAGUGUGCCAGAAUGGGGGAGAGCUCCUGUGCUGUGACCGCUGCCCUAAAGUCUUCCACAUUACCUGCCAUAUUCCCACUCUACGCUCCUCUCCUAGUGGAGACUGGAUGUGCACGUUCUGCAGAAAUCUGAGCAACCCUGAGAUGGAGUAUAAUUGUGAUGACGACCCACCUAGGAAAGACAAAAGUGCUCCUGUCCUAAGUGCUGAAGACCAGAGGAGAUGUGAACGUUUGCUCCUAUAUUUAUUCUGCCAUGAGCUGAGUGUAGAGUUUCAGGAGCCUGUUCCCUCCACGGUACCCAACUACUAUAAGAUCAUAAAGCACGCUAUGCACCUGAACUUGGUGAAGAGGAAGCUGCAGAGAAAGCAUCCACAGCACUACCAGAGCCCCAAAGAUUUCGUGUAUGACGUCCGUCUGGUGUUCAGCAACUGCGCCAAGUUCAACGAGAUGUCUCGAAUAAUCCAGGUAUAUGAUGAGGAGAAACAGAGUAAUGUGCAGGCUGACUCGGAGGUGGCCGAGGCAGGCAGAGUCGUGAGUCGGUACUUCGAGGAGAAUCUGGCUGCGACCUACCCCAACCAGAGCUUCCCGGACGAACCCGAGAAAAGAUCUCGAGACGAGGAGACGGCCGAGGAAGCCGAGGACGAUUCGGACGACGAUUUUGUGCAGCCGAAGAGGAAGAGGUUAAAACCUGAAGAGAAGCCGUUACACAUCAAGUAAAGAGGAUUUAUUCAGGAAGUGGGAAUUGCAUAGACAGCUAUUUGGUCUUCCUUCCGAUCUCUCAUUCUGCUCUGACUGAUUCAUGCUGGACCCAAUAGUAUUCAGAGAGAACACACACACACAAACACACACACACAUACAGAGACUAUCCUGCUUGCUAUGAAGGUUUGUUGUAUAUAAGCAUAAAAGAUGAGACUUGAGUCUUAAGAUUUUUUCUGGACACAUCAGCAGGAGGUGGAUUUUUGUCUCCAGUCUUUGUCUCGUUGAAAAGUGAUGACGAGGACUAAUAUGUAUUUAAAACUAAAUUCAAAAGUUUGUUUGGACUGUAAGCUAUUAAUUUUUUUUAAAUGUAAUAUCAUUUACGACCACAUUUGUAAAUCUGUUGUGAUUUAUGCUUUAUAAAAGGAUUAACUUCCAGCUUGCUGUAUGAUCAACAUUUACGGCGUACCUGCUCCAUGUAUAUGUGCAUUGGUUCCGUUGCAGUUUAUGCUCUGUUGUAAAUAAUUAACUAAGUGGUCAUUUUUUGUCCAACAAUAAAUCUGUUCCCCAUG